AUGCAGCAGCACCAGCCCCACGAGGCCUUCUUCGCCUUCACCGUCCCCCCCAAGCCCGCCAGCCAGCAGCACCUGCUCGCCUCGAUCGUCACCGACCUCGACGGCCACCGCGCCCAGUUCGACCUCCACCCCCGCGACCCCCACUCCGCCUCCCCCACGACUACCGGCUCGGCCCCCCGCGCCUCCUUCCCCAACCCUCAACCCCGCUCCGCCCACCCCUCCUCCCCCCUGCCUGCCCCUGCCCAGACGUCCAACUGCGCCGUCAACCUUCACCAGUCCCGCCCUAUGACCGCGCCCGGCGCCGCCUGGGUCGCCAGCCACCACCCUCUGCCGGACGCGCUCGACUUUGCGUCUGCCCAUCUGGGCCUCUUCGGCCAGGCCUCGCCCUACUCGCUCCACCCCGCCAGUCUGUCCGCCGCGCCGCUGGCGAAGACGCUGUCUGCAGACUUCCCCAGCCUCCGCCACCCCUCGCCCCCCGGGAUGCCCGCAAACCACGGCUCCUCCGCGGCCUCCUCGGACCCGGACUUGGGCCUGCACCAGGACCCCCCGCGCCCCGUCUCGCCCCUGCGCGCCGGCGGCCCGCCCGCACACUCGGCCGACAGCUCGCCCGAGUCGCCCGGCUCGGCCUCCGACCCCGACCCCGCCCUCGGCUACAUCCACGCCCUGCCCCCCAGCUCCGUCUUCCACACCCUGCGCCCCAGCACCCACGCCGGUACCUCCUCCGCCUUCGGCCUCCUCGACCGUCGCCCCCACCCGCAACGCCCCAACACCGGCUACCCCGGCUUCUUCGACCCCGCCGCCUUCAACGCCCUCCAGCCCUUCCCCUCCCGCCCCCACAUCUUCCCCAACCACUCCUCCCACAUCUACGCCCCCACCGCCGCCCAGUACUCCCAUGGCCCCGGCGCCCUCGACGCCCACGACCGGCUCUACAACUUCAACAUCCUCCCCGGCGCCCCGCGCAAACGCGCCCGCCGGAGGUUCGACGAGGUCGAGCGCCUCUACGACUGCAACUACCCCGGAUGCUCCAAGGCCUACGGCACCCUCAACCACCUCAACGCCCACAUCUCCAUGCAGAAACACGGCCCCAAACGGCUCCCCCAAGAGUUCAAGGAGAUCCGCAAGGAGUGGCGCGCACGCAAGAAGGCCGAGGCCGAGGCCCGCGCCGCCGCCCUCAAACACCCCACCCCUACGGCCGGGCCGCAGGAGUACGCCUCCCAGGAGUACGCACCGCAGGAGUACGCCACGCAAGAGUACGCCUCGCAGGAGUACGCGACGCAGGAGUACGGAGCGGGCAGGCCGCCGGGGCUGAGCUCGGAGAGCAGCCCGGCCAGCUCCGCCGGCCGCGCCUCCUUCCCGGCCCACUUCCGGCUCCCCCCGCCGACGUCCGGCGCCGAAUGGCCCGGCCCCCGGGCUCCCGCCAUCCCCGAGCACCCCGAGUACUUCCUCCCCCACCCCGGCGACCCCCACCCGCUGCAGCCCCUCACCCCGUCUCUCGCUCACCCCCUCCUUCCCCCCGCCUCGUCCGUCCACCACUCGUGUUAA